AUGCCGGCAAACAUCCGAGAACAGCGCUCCAGCAGCGGCCUGCGGUCUCCCAGGAAGCCUCGAAAGCUCCAUCAUAAUGUCGGACUCGACAAGCCCAAGACUACUGCUGCAGGCACUCCAAACCACCCUUCCUCCUCCUCCUCCUCCUCCUCACGUCGAUCAGGAACCCGUACGAAACGCCAUCAAUCUCUUCCUAAUAUCUACCAAUUUCUGAUUAUAGGAUCAGCUUUCACCUUCACGCCUGCCAGCGCACACCUCCAGAUGCACCCUCGAGACGUCACCCUCCCGCUUCGCGUGACCAACAACUGCCACGAGCCCAUUUGGCCGGCGAUCCUGACGCAGAACGGCAUGGGCCCUGCGAGCUCCGGCUUCAUGCUCAACCCUGGAGACACGCAAUCACAAACCGUCAGCGGCGACUGGAGAGGACGAGUAUGGGGUCGCACGAAUUGUAGCUUUCCGAACUCUGGCACAGGUCCAGCAAGUGGUAGCGGAGGCGCCGCGUGCGCGACAGGAGACUGCGGUUCGUUUUUGCAAUGUCCAGGUGCGGGCCAAGCUCCAGCAACGCUGGCUGAAUUCACCCUCUCAUCCGAUACCUAUCAGGCCUUCUACGAUAUUUCCCUGGUCGACGGCUAUAACCUUCCUAUAGGCAUCAUCUCCUUGCUGGCUCAGAGCGGCAACACCACGCUCCAAGACAUCCCGCCCAAUCUGACGAACCCAGUGUGUAUCGGGACCUCGUCUCUCCUGGCACCCGUUGGCAGCACUUCUGACGCCGACUUCGGCUCCAACUCGACGUUCCCUCUUCCACUGGACCAAUCAGUUACAUCGUCAUUUGUGCAAAGCUGGUGUCCGUGGCCCCUACAAUUGAACCCGCCUCAAAAGCCGGGUGACGGGGUAUAUCCCUACCCGGACGACAACAUCCAACGGCCCAUUUUCAACCCUUGUCUCAGUGCCUGUGCAAAAUGGAAUAAGGAUCAGUAUUGCUGCACGGGCAGCCACAACACUCCUGCCACCUGCUCACCAAGUGACUAUUCGACGCAAGCAAAGAAAUUGUGCCCAGAUGCGUACAGCUAUGCCUACGACGACCAAACGAGCACUUUCAUCAUCCCGCAAGGUGGAGGAUUCGAAGUCGUCUUUUGUCCGUCAGGACGAAGUACAAAUAUCCUUGGCACGUUUGGUGACCAGCUCCGACAACUUGCGCAAACGGGACAUGCCACCAGAGAUAUUGUCGCGCUGGCGCAGAAUGUCACCUAUAUCCGUGAGAAGAAUACUGCUGCUGCGUCGCUGACUAGGCCGGGAGCAAGCCUGCUUUCGGUGAUCUUUCUGCUGAUAUUGGGGUUUUUGGCGUAAAGCGACUCGUUGACAAUGCGGGUGUGAAGAUGCAAACACCAUCGGAUUCUGUGAUAUAGCAUGCGACUGUGUUGAUACGCUGGUGGAUUUGAGCGUUUGUGGCUCUGACUGGAGACAAUAUCUUUAUAUCG